AUUCAAUUGAAUAACUUACCCGAGAGCUACAUAAAUGAAUGAAGCAAAAACCAUAAUUAAAUAUUAAAUCAACCUCUAUGAUCCAUCACCAAAACAAAUCAAUGUCAAAUUCGUAUAAUUCAAAUGUUCGGUAUUUUUUCAACUCUAAUUUUGAUAGUUUCACUUAAUUUGGGAUGUACAAAUGCCUCAGCAGGAGAUCACUUGGAAAGUUACCGUACUUGCAUUUAUUCCUGUGUUGAUCAUGAGUGCGACACAGAUGGUUAUUCUUACCUGAAUGACAAUGGGGAUAUAACUCUCAGCUCUCUUAUACAAUGGCCAUGUUUUGACGAAUGUAAAUAUAAUUGCAUGUGGGACACUGUCGAUAGGCUUGAAUCAACGAAUGUGUCCAUACCACAAUUUCACGGGAAAUGGCCUUUCAUAAGAAUCUUUGGAAUACAAGAACCAGCAUCUACUCUAUUCUCCCUUUUGAAUUUGAUAUUGCAUUUCAAAUGGAUACGAAAGUUUCGUAAGAGAGUAUCCCAUGAUGCUCCUUUAUAUUGGCUGUGGCAUAUUUUUGCUGGCGUUUGCAUAAAUGCUUGGUUUUGGUCGGUUAUAUUUCAUGCGAGAGAUACUCACUUUACAGAAUUUAUGGAUUACGCAGGUGCUUUUUCGAUAAUAUUGGUCAAUUGUUAUGUUUUACUGAUUAGGAUAUGUUGGAGACUUGGGAAACUGUAUUGCUUUUUAAUAUCUCUGUUUUUCUUUUUAUUCUAUGUGAACCAUGCCUUAUAUCUCUAUGCAUCACGAAGAAUUGACUAUAAUUAUAAUAUGUCUUUGAAUUUUUCCAUUGCUAUAUUUAGCGUAGUUGUAUGGCUGUUAUGGUGUUACUGGAAUAGAAAUAGCAAACCUUACGUGGAAAAAUGUGCCACCUUUGUCAUUUUAACUGCCGCAGUAGCAUUAUUAGAAAUAAUUGAUAGACCUCCACUAUAUUAUAUCUUCGAUUCACAUUCCAUAUGGCAUUUAUCGACUGCAUUCCUUGUUGGCAUUUUUUACAGAUUCGGCGUCAGCGAUUGUAAGCACCUGAAACGUCAAGAAUUGAAAACGAAGUCGUUGAAUUUUAAGAAGCCCCUAUAGUAUACAAUCGUUAGUUGUUGAUUUUUUUCUAAUCGAAAAUUUUUAAUUUCGACUGUUGAAUAUAUUGUAUAUUUCGA